AUGGGUGAUAUUUUUCUCUUCACAUCGGAAUCGGUUGGCGAAGGUCAUCCUGACAAAAUCUGCGAUCAAAUAUCAGAUGCUAUUCUUGAUGCAUGUUUGGCUCAAGAUCCGCUUUCCAAAGUCGCCUGUGAAACAGCAACGAAAACAGGCAUGGUAAUGGUGUUUGGAGAGAUUACCAGCAAAGCAACCUUGGACUAUCAGAAAAUCAUACGUAAUACAAUCAAAGAAAUCGGAUACGACGAUACGGGAAAAGGGUUCGACUACAAAACUUGCAAUGUGCUGGUGGCCAUCGAGCAACAAUCUCCGGAUAUAGCCCAAGGUCUUGUCCAGAAAUCGUUCAACAUUGAGGAUAUCGGUGCGGGUGACCAAGGUAUCAUGUUCGGCUAUGCCACGGAUGAAACGCCGGAAAUGAUGCCCUUGACCAUUAUCCUCGCUCACAAAUUAAACCGCCGCAUGGCGGAUCUGCGCCGCAAUAACACAUUGCCAUGGCUUCGUCCGGAUUCGAAAACACAGGUGACCAUUGAAUAUCGGAACGAUCACGGAGCCAUGAUCCCCCUUCGUGUUGAUACCAUUGUCAUCUCGGUACAGCAUUCCGAGGAGAUUGAAACGAUGGAUUUGCGGCACGCAUUGAUGGAAUAUGUGAUCAAGCCGGUGGUCCCCGCCCAUUUACUGAAAAACACAGUUUAUCACUUGCAACCCUCUGGUAAAUUUAUCAUUGGCGGUCCUCAAGGGGAUGCCGGCUUAACAGGAAGAAAAAUCAUCGUGGACACUUAUGGUGGUUGGGGUGCGCAUGGCGGCGGAGCGUUUUCCGGGAAAGAUUGGUCCAAGGUCGAUCGUUCGGCGGCCUAUACUGCUCGCUGGAUUGCCAAGUCUCUGAUUGCGGCAAAAUUAUGCAGACGUGUGAUGGUUCAGCUCUCUUACGCCAUUGGUAUAGCGGAACCGCUUUCCGUUUUCGUGGAAUCUUACGGCACGGCAUCAAAAGCUGACGCCGAACUAGUUCAAAUUAUUCUUCAGAACUUUGACUUGCGACCCGGCGUAAUUGUAAAGGAUCUGGACCUUUUCAAACCUAUAUAUCAGCAAACAGCCGUCUAUGGUCACUUUGGUCGAUCAGAAUUCUCAUGGGAAAUCCCAAAACCUUUAAAGUUCUAA